CACAGCGACCAGGAGCUCCGUCUGCUGAGCGAAGUUGAGUCAACACGCCGGGAAAAAGCGCUGCCUGGAUUCAUGUGGCACCUCAACACUUGCAGUCCUCUUUACUGCGGCGCCAGGGGACUUUUAAUCAUUCUCGGUUGCGAUAUAAACCCGUUUUCCUGCAGGAAAUGUGUUGGUAGACACUAACACGCCGUAGUAAUUGAGUUGCAACCAUUAAACGCCCUGCCAUUAAGUAUACCUGCGGAUCUACUGCAGGGGAGUUUUUUUUCUUUCUUUCUCUCUUUUUUUAUUUUGGCCAGCAAUCGGGAUACUGCAGAGAACAUUUAACAAUAAGGAUCUUCAAACAAGUGAACAAUGCUCAGACUAGAGACCAUCAUUUGCACUUUUUCCAUGCUGUCUUUUGCAGCAAGAGCAGAUUUUAAAGCACGGAACUGCAGCGAGGUGAGGGAGGCUUGCAUCGGGAAAGGCUUCAGCUUCACACAUGUUCCUGCUCAAGAGAUCCCAGGUGAACAUCUUCGUGUAUGUGCACAGGGAAACACGUGUUGCACCCAAGAAAUGGAGGAUGGAUUUGGCCAACAGAGUAAACAGGACUUUGGGAAUCUGUCUGAUACAAUGAGUCAUGAAUUAAGAAGCACCUUUGUUUCCAGACAUAAAAGGUUUGAUGAAUUCUUCCUGGAGCUGCUGGAGAACACCGAGAGGUCCCUGCACGAGAUGUUUGUGAGGACGUAUGGAAAGCCUUACAUGCAGAACUCUGAGGUCUUUGCGAAUUUGUUUGCUGAGCUGAAACGCUAUUACACAGGAGGAAAUGUCAACCUGGAGGAAAUGCUUAAUGACUUUUGGUCACGACUGCUGGAGCGUAUGUUCACGCUACUCAACUCCCAGUACGUCAUCACAGAGGAGUAUCUGGAGUGUAUCAGUAAGUACACUGACCAGCUCAAGCCCUUCGGAGAUGUGCCCAGGAAGCUCAAGGCUCAGAUUACCCGGGCAUUCAUCGCUGCACGCACAUUUGUUCAAGGGCUCUCUGUCGGCCGGGAGGUGGCUCAGCGAGUGUCUAAGGUAAGCAGCAGUCCCCCAUGUAUCCGAGCACUGACAAAGAUGCUGUACUGCCCGUUUUGUCAAGGCAUGCCAACAGUUAAACCCUGUAAGAACUACUGCCUGAAUGUCAUGAAGGGGUGCCUGGCCAAUCAAGCUGAUCUGGAUCCAGAGUGGAACCAGUACAUUGAUGCCAUGCUGCUGGUGGCACAGAGGCUGGAGGGACCUUUCAACAUUGAAUCUGUCAUGGAGCCUAUUGAUGUCAAGAUUUCAGAGGCCAUCAUGAAUAUGCAAGAUAACAGUGCCCAGGUUUCCUACAGGGUUUUUCAAGGUUGCGGCCAGCCAAAAUCCUCAGGAAUGACUAGGUCUACCCGUGGUGUUUCGGAUGUGUUCAGCGCCCGCUUCAGGCCGUACAGCCCAGAGGAGCGGCCCACCACUGCAGCUGGCACAAGCCUAGACAGACUGAGGAUCAUUUGGAAUGCGAUGCAACACAGUGUGGUUGACAUAAAAGAAAAACUGAAACUGUCCAAGAAAUUUUGGUCUAGCCUGCCUGAGGCAAUGUGCGUCGAGGACAGAGUGACCGCUGGAAAUGCCAGUGAUGAGGAGUGCUGGAAUGGACACACCAAGGGCAGGUAUUUCCCUGAAGUCCAAAAGGAUGGACUGACCAACCAGUUGAAUAACCCCGAGGUGGGUGUGGACAUCACCCGCCCAGACACCUUAAUCCGUCAGCAGAUCAUGGCUCUGAGGGUGAUGACCACCAAGUUGAAAAAUGCCUAUAAUGGCAAUGACAUCUACUUUCAGGACUCAAGCGAUGAAGGCAGUGGCUCGGGCAGUGGCAGCGGCUACACAGAGGUCUACCCCACAGACAUGGACGCUGCUGCCAGUGAAGCCCCAGUAGUGGAAGCCGACCGGAGCGGCCCUGUGGAUGGCUCUGCCCUGCUCUGUGCACCCUCUGUAGCCCUGCCAACCAUGCUGGCCCUCUCAACCCUGGCACUCUACCGACAAUGGAGAUAAUGCUGGAGGAGCUGGCUAAACAUGGACAGCAGGGUUAAUUUUUUUUUUUUUUCUUUUGCAGUUUUUUGUAUUCAGGCAGAUUGGAGCUACAGUCGAGCAAACAGUAUUGAGGCUAACAGCCUCGAGGCUAAAGGAGUCUGCUCUGAAAAAAGAGCAGUCAUGCAUCAUGAUUUCCCACUUUCCCAAAGAUCAUGCAGUGCCAUCCGUAGACUUGAUCGUUUGUGGCAUCACUUCACCAUCUAACACAGAUGCCAACAAACUCUGCUUCAGAGAUUGAAAAGAAAAAGUAUUUCUUGCACAUAUUGCAGGUAUUAAUGUAGGUCUCCGUGUGGAAAAAUAUAACACGCACUUUGAUUGUUUUAAGGGUUUUUUUAAAAGCAGAAUUUGUUUGUGUGUUGAACAAUGUUGAGAAUGUGGUUAUUGAUGCAUCUAAAAGAGACACAAUAAGUUUACUCUAUGUUGAAUAUUAUAUUUUAAAACAAACACAAAGGAUAAUGAUCUAAAUCAGAAAAAUUCAGGAACAUGUUGUUUCCACCUUUUAAUUAAUUGAAGUUUUAAUUUGUUCCUUGUUCCAUUGUCAUUAAAUCACAUGCCAAAUUGUUGUUUAAAUCAGAUGCUGCCACUGAAUCUCAUCUUCUGUUUUACAGUAAUGUCAACACGAUGUUUGUUAAGAUUUUUAGGUUUCAGUAUAUCACGGGUUGAUCAUGGAUCUGCUGUGCUCCUAGCUGUUCACUCAAAUGGCUGAACAGCCUCCUUGUGCUCAUGUGUUAAACUCACACUUUGUUAAAAGCGAUAAGACCGACAUUUUUAUAUACUCAUUUGCCUCGCAACAAAUUAAUUAUCUGCGAAAUAUUUUCAUAUCAUGCUGGUUUUAUAGAUUUGGCUUUUGGAGUAGACAACUUGGACAGAAUUAUUACGGAGCAGUUACCGUCAUACAGCAGUGCCAAGAUAGUCAUGUUGGUUCUGUGUUGUUGUGGGGUGCACGGCCUGGUAUGCAAUCAAUUCAUUCAUGUUUGAAAGGGCUUAACAAAUUCUAAUUAUCACUUAUAAACAGUAUAAAGAAUGAUUUACAUUAUUACUUGGGGUGUGACGAUACAUUCAGCUCACGAGACGAGAUAUUGGGUUCACGAGAUCGAGACGAAACAAGAUUUUAACUAUAUUUUUAAGAAAACUUUAAUAAGGAAAUACAUGACUUUGUUUAUUUAAAAUUCACAAAAUGGAAAUUGAAUUGAAAUGUUUGAACUAAUCAGCUUGUAAUGAAUCACUUUUUUCUUUCAAAAUAUAUAAUUAUUAUAUGCAGUAUGGAGCACUGUAAAAGGUUUCCCCAUAUAGAUAGAUAUUUUAUAGAUGGAUAAUUUUGGUAUUUAUGGAAAUAACAACCAUAAAUACAAAAGUUAGAUACAAUCACAAAUACUAAAACGUAAAUUGUAAAGAGUAGAAACAAUUCUCAUAUAUAAAUAUAAAUUAAAUAAAGAAUCCAAUUAUCACAAAUUAUAACAUAUUGCUAAUAAAAAAAAACAGAAAUAAAAGUAAAUUGCACAAAUCCUGUAUCACAUAAAUACACAAGUAGAACAACAUAUAAAUUGUUAUAAUUUGGUAGUGUGACUCCUUUUACUUUUUGCAUCAUUAGGCUUCCAUAGGUGCGCUAGAUUCCCUGCUCCUCCUACUUCAGGCUUCAGUGUAGAGACCUGAGGUCAACUUACCGCUGCUCCUCUCCUCAUCUCCUACUUCUGACUGAGAUCUUCUCAGCAGGUAGAAGCUGCAACAAGGUUAAUGAUCCACACGUGACAUUAUAAAAAGAAGAAAUGGCGUGCGAAUGAGCGAUAGAAAACCGAUCGUCUUUUUUUUUUUUUUUUUUUUUGGUGCGCCCCUUAAUUAUAGCUUUGCGAGACAAAAUUCACGUCGACGAGAAAUAUCGUCGCGUUUUGUCUCGCGAUCGUGAUCGUGAUACGAGAUCUCGUCACACCCCUAAUUACUACAUUUCUGUUUCUUUGUCAUUAGGGUUUAUGUCUACAUUAAGUGAGUGGUUGUCCAGGUUUCUGCAUUAAGUGACCUACAUGUAAAGACACUCAAUAAUGAGAUACUACUGGCAUUAUAAAGGAAGUCAUACACAGUAAAGUAGUGUUCUGUAUAUGUUUAAAUGUACAUGUACAUUGCACUAGGAAGAAUACAUCCAUUCAAUACAGAAUCGCCGUCACCAAAUGAAGUCUUGCUGCUCCUGUGCUGUAAUCUCUAUAUUAAUUUACGGCAUUAGGGCUUAUAAUUUUUCUGCUGCCUCCUCAGAAGUAUUUCCACAAAAAUUUGAUUUUGUCAGAAGAUCCAGAAAUCCUGGAUUUGCAUAUACAGGAAUUGCAAGAACAAAGACAAGUUCCAUAAAGUGCCACUUUUGUGUGUGUUAUUAAAUAGCCAAAGCUUAUUCUGUAACGGUUUGGAUAAAACAGUUAUUAAAAUGUGCACCGUAGUACUUGAACAGCAACAAAAGUGAAAUACUGUCAAACAGUAUUAAAAAGCCAAGUUGGAAGUCUCAAAAUUUCUGGAAAUUCAUUCCCACAAUGAUGUAAAAGGUGAGGGGAAUUAUUAAAGAGAAGAAGUAGCAAACGGAACACAGUGGUUACUGGAAAUGCAAAGAAAGGGUCCCUAAAUGUAUCUGUAAAGCUUGAAUGGUUAUGUCUGCAGCACAGACAGGCUUGAAGCCGACCACAGUCACCUGUGAAAUGAGAAUCUGUGGAGACUGGACAGGGCUGAAUGCUCCGCUGGAGCUCCUCAGUAGAGCGUACUUACAGAGAAUGUGAGAGGCCUGGCACUGCUGAGGGGGGCGGACAAAACCAGCCUGUAUGUAUGUCCACUGUUCUCUGAGAGCCCGUCAGCUCCAUAACCACCAGGCCAGCUAAUCUUACUUAUCCAAGGAAUUAGCCUGUGUCAUACCCUUUUUGCAGUAUAUCAAUGAAUAAUUGUUGAGCUUUUACUUUAUUGCAUUUAAAUCAGCAUCAACAUAACAAAGACAAAAAUAUAUAGAAAAUAUAUCAAAUGUGUCAUUUAAAAGGAUUCUUUAUUAUGAAUAUUGAUCUUGCAGGAUGCCCUUUUUAUGUUUUGUAUCAUUGAAUAUUUUUGCAAUAAAAUAUUGAAAAUUGAGGUCCGGUCAGACACAUUAUCUGAAAAAUAGAAUUAGCAGGAAAGGCUGUGCUGUAAGUCAACAUUUUUUACAAUCAAUGCAUUGCUGUUUGAAUUUAAAUCCUAAGGAAGUCAGUUUGUUUGGAGUUUGAAUAUAACUUCAAACUGCAAAGGGUGAAGAACCAGAUGAGAAAAUAUGCCUUACUGUUUUUCAGUGCAAUUAAGAUGAUUGCAUUGUGUUUUGUUACUGUUCUUGAGAAUAAAUAUUUAUUAAAAACA